AUGGCGUCGAACAGCAGAGAAGCCAGGAGACGGAAGAUCCUAGAAAGAGGAUCUGAUCGUUUGGCCUUUAUCACCGGUCAGAUCAACGGCGUUCCUCUUCCUCCUCCACCUUCUGAUUCCACUUCCCUUUCCCAAUCUCAUCUCCUCGCCGACGAAUCCUCUCCAGAAACAAUCCCCUCUCGUGAUCAUAUUCUUACUGAUCGAGAAACCGGUUUUACAAGUCAGCAGGAAGACAAACUUGAUGCUUCGAUGCUUGAUAGCAUGGAUCAAAUCAUCCAUCAAAGCAGAGGAGAAUCGCUUCAACCUCGGAAGUAUACUGAAACAAUGGCAGAGGACUCCGUUUCAGAUGCUAGAGAGACAACACUACAACCGUCUCAUGCAGUAUCAAGCGCACAACCCACAUCAGUGGUAGACCUGGGAGCUUCUCAAGCUUUUACUCCUUUGGUCAGCUAUGUGAACGCCAUCACUCCAAAUCACAUUGGAACCGCCAUCGAUGGUUCGGUAUACGCAAGGAUGUUCGCAGCUCUUGUGAUUGCACUUCUUGUCAUACUAUCUCAGCUCGGAUUCUCUUCCAUGGGCAACGUGGUGAGCUUCAGGCCUGUUUUCUUGCUUCUCUUGACCGAUGCAACGAUUGUGUUUGGACGUGUUCUGCUGAGCCAUCGUGGAGAUCCUUCCUCAGCUUCAAGAAGAGAAAACUCGGGAACGGUGAUGAACGGGCAGGGGAUAGCAGACCAAGUUGGUAAUGCGUUGGAGACGAUCAUGAUGGUGAAGAAGAUAAUGGAUGCGAUUUCAAUGGAUUUUAGCUUGUAUGCUGUGAUUCUCAUAUGUGGCCUCUUGUGCACACAAAGCAUCUUUGCUUAG